AUGACUUCCACGACGACAGUCAAGACGCAAGCGCGUGACAGCUCCCCUUCCCAUACAACCCAGCGAACACGACCUCGACAAAAGCCUGGUGCGGCCUGUGAGGAACAGCCUCAAUGUGGUUCGUGUCAGGCCACCGGUGUGCCCUGCCACACGACAACGGUUCGGGCGGCUCGCGGGCCAAAGCCGGGCUACCUGAAGGACCUCAAAGCCCGAAUAGCCGCCUUGGAAGGCACUCUCAUACAGCAAGCACAACAAUCGGCCCGCACAACGUCUCCGGAUGACGACCAAUCAUCAUGCUACGACCCAUACCUUUUCAAUGGGGCAGAUUCGCUGAAGAUUUCCCACCCUGGAACAGAACCCGAUAACGUGUUUCUCCCCGACAUGGCCUCGGGCAACCCCAUAUCAAACGGAUUGGAGCCAUCACUUGGGUUUCCCUGCCUCGGCGGUACUACCAUGUCGCCAACGCCACCAAUGGACGCGAGCCUGAUGUCUCCUCCGCUCACUGCUUUCGGCGGCAUAGGUUACGAUACGAUGCUUCCGAAUGGAAUGCACGCGUCAGGAGACCAAAUCUCGUCGCUCAGUCUCGAUAACAUGAGGAGGAUGUCGACCGCGUCAAGUUGCUGGAGCUCUCCCGACGGAGGGGCAGCCGAGUUCAGACUCUCACCCAUGAUGCAGGCAGACCUCGACCAGCUUUACUGGGAUAGAAGCCACCUCCAUGUCCCCAUCAUGCAUCAACGGCGCUACAUGGCAUGGAGCCGCAAGCAGGACAAAAGUGAGGCACAACAGUGUCUUCAACUCGCAAUGUGGACCCUGGCAGCCUCAACAUCACCAGGCCAGUAUCAGACCAUGGCAAACUACCUAUACCGAUAUGCAUCUCAAUCACUGCUGAACCUCGAGUCCUGGGACUCGGGGGACGAGUGGAGCCAGAUGCGCCCCAACGACUUUGCGCAAGUACAAGCGCAGCUCCUAUUAGCGUUUUACGAGUUCAAGUGCGUCGACUUUAGACGAGGGUGGAUGAGAGCGGGGCGUGCAUUUAGACUUAUUCAGCUCAACUGGUUUUACGACAUUCUUUCUACCUCGUCGACAAUGUCCGACUGGGUCGAGGCGGAAGAGAGGAGAAGGACAUUUUGGGUAGCAUUUUGCCUCGAUCGGACUAUAAGCUUGCGCAACGACGCCCCAUGCACAUUUAACGAGCCGAUAUACGUUCCAUUACCAGCACCCGAUUCAGAGUUUCAAAAUGAGAUUCCUACGAUAACAGGCUAUCUCAACAGCGAUUCACUGACCGUCGGAGCGCCCGACACAGAACUCAGCGAUUUCAUCCAUUUAGCUGCCAUCUGCGGCAAGGCAGUGUCACAUCGACACCAAUCUAUUAUUGACAAGGCGCUCGGGGUACAUAACACAGCGGGCAUCUGGCAGCGACACCGAGAAAUCAACGCCCAACUUGCAGAAAAUAUGAACUGUGCCAACUCAAGGCACCAGUCGCCCAUGAACAAGUCAGAGUCAUUAGCACCGUUCAUGGGAAUCAUGUGGCAAAUAGUCAUUCUUCAUCUACACUCCACCCUGAGCUGCACAGCAGCAACUGGGAAGGAGGAGUACGACUACGCGAGAGUGGAGAGCAUGCAACGCGGGACACUCGCGGCGCAAGAAGCACUCGGCUGCAUGGAGCGACUGUCGCAAUGCAAUAGUUUAAAGCUUGUCUUGUGUUCCAGAACCAGGAGUUAG